UUUUAAACGAGCGAUCGUGUCGCCUGGUGGUGUUUAACGGCAAUGUCUAGAAAACGUUUUUUAAAAACUAUGGAAUUUUAAGAAAAGAAAAAAAUUAAAAAAAAUACUUUUGUGUUUUAUGAAUUGUAACUAAAUAAAAGCCACAAAAAUGUGAUUUAAUAACAAAACAAAAUUUGCAAAAAAAACAAAAUUUUAGUUAAAACAAAUAGUUCCUUUUUUUAAUUUCUAAUAAUACUCGAAAUUUUUUGGUGGUGGCUUUUUUUUUGAAAACAAAACCCACAAGCAAAAAAGUGUGACACGAUUUUUGUCUCCUCCAACACACACACACAAAUAAUGGUGGAGUAAAAUUAUACAUAUAAAACUUAAUGUUACCAAAAUAACAACAACAGUAACAUAAUAAAACAAAAAAACGAAAACAAGUUUGUGUUAAAAACCUUUAAAAUAUUUUAUUAAAAUAAUAAAAAACCAAUUAGUUAAAAAAAAUAAUAAUAAAAAUUAUAAUUCAAUUUGAAAUAAUUUUUCUUAAAGAAAAAAUAGUUUCCUACAAAAAAAACCCACGAAUUUUCUACUUAAACUACAACUUCUUAGAUUUGUUUUUCAUUUUUCAACUUAAACAAACAUCUUAAGAAUGUUUUAUAUAGUGUACGAGUGCCAAAAUUUUAGCUGAAAUAACAAAAAUUUAAAGAAAAUAUUUGAAAUUUCUUAUAAAACAUCAAAAAAGAAAUUUUCAAAAAAAAAUUGGAUUAUCUUUUUACAAAAAAGACAUAAAUACUGGGAUUUACUCAUACAAUUGGAUUAACUUUAAAAAAAAACUAAGAAAAGCUCUUUUUUUUAUAUGAUUGAAAUUUGCAAAUAUUUAAUGAAGUAAAUUGCUGGGGAAUAACAACAACAACAACUAUAAUUGAAAAUUAUAAAAUUAUACAGCAAUAAUAAAAAAUGGAAAAAAUGAUGUUUUUUAAAUUUCGAAAUCUCUAUAUUUGACGCUGGUGUCUUUUUAAGUUUAUUUCAUGUUGAACUUUAAACUCACACACGCUUAGCUGCUUAAAUCUAAAAUAAAAGUGGAAAAUUUCAACUUUACUCUCAACAAAAUAUAACCUGAAAAUUAUCUUAUAUAAAAGAUAUUGCAACAAAAUAAAUCUCUACAAUUAUUAGAGGAAUAGUCGGCUUUUUUAAGCUGUCCUCAACUCUCCCUCUAAAUUUCUCUCUCUUGGACUCACUCUGCUUAAAGAUGUCGUUUCAUUUAAAAUAUCACACAACAUCACCUACAAGAGAGAGAUGUCUUUAUGCUAUCAUCUCGUUACUACUGCUAAUAAGUUUUCAUCAUCGGGGCUGUCGAGCUGAUGGCCUGCAGCAUAUGUCUGAUAAUGGUGGUGGAGUAGCGGGUGUUGGUAUGGGUGGCAAUAUGGGCCUGGGCAUGCAUUCAAUGGAAGUUAGUCCGGCUCCCGGUUAUGGUUUGCCCGCCAUACCCAAAGAUCCCAACUCAAGAUGUGAAGAAAUUACGAUACCCAUGUGUCGUGGCAUAGGCUAUAACAUGACCUCAUUUCCCAAUGAAAUGAAUCAUGAAACACAAGAUGAAGCUGGUUUGGAAGUGCAUCAAUUUUGGCCUUUGGUGGAAAUAAAAUGCUCACCUGAUCUUAAAUUCUUCUUAUGCUCCAUGUAUACUCCCAUUUGCUUGGAAGAUUAUCACAAACCUUUACCCGUCUGCCGUUCGGUAUGUGAAAGAGCUCGAGCUGGCUGCGCACCCAUUAUGCAGCAGUAUAGUUUUGAGUGGCCCGAAAGAAUGGCUUGUGAAAAUUUACCCUUCCACGGUGAUCCCGAUAAUCUCUGUAUGGAACAACCUUCUUAUACCGAUUCUUCUUCGUCUGGCGGUUCCUCCUCCAGUGGUGGCAGUGGCUCCGGCCGUGGUGAUUCUUCUGGCAGUGGCUCAUCCUCAGGUGGCGGUAAACGCAAACAAUCCGGUUCGGGUUCAUCAUCUGGCUCCCAAAAAUGUAAAGGCAAGAAUUCAAAAAACUGCCAAAGCUCCCUAGGAGAAAAAACAAACGCAAAGGAAUGCACAUGCUCGUGUCGCCCACCUCUCAUACUCCUGGGGAAGGAAGCUCAACUGAUGCAGCCGCCACUGCACUAUCCAUGGUACAUGAACUCGACUGUGUCAAGAAUCGCCGGCGUUCAAAAUUGCGCAAUACCGUGCAAGGGCCCGUUCUUCACAAACGAAGAAAAGGAAUUCGCCGGCAUAUGGAUAACACUGUGGUCGGGCCUAUGCUUUUGCAGCACUCUAAUGACACUCACCACGUUCAUCAUCGACACCGAAAGGUUUAAGUAUCCCGAGAGGCCUAUCGUUUUCCUGUCAGCCUGUUAUUUUAUGGUGGCUGUGGGUUAUUUAUCCAAGAAUUUCUUGCAAAAUGAGGAAAUUGCCUGUGAUGGUCGUUUGCUGAAGGAAAGUUCAACGGGACCACAUUCUUGUACCUUGGUUUUCCUGAUGACUUAUUUCUUUGGCAUGGCUUCUUCGAUAUGGUGGGUUAUCUUAUCGUUCACCUGGUUUUUGGCGGCUGGUUUGAAAUGGGGCAAUGAGGCCAUCACCAAACAUUCACAAUAUUUCCAUUUGGCAGCCUGGCUGAUACCCACUGUACAAUCUGUAGCUGUUCUACUACUCUCUGCCGUAGAUGGUGAUCCCAUAUUGGGCAUUUGCUAUGUGGGCAAUUUGAACCCUGACCAUUUGAAAACUUUUGUUUUGGCUCCUUUGUUUGUGUACCUGGUCAUAGGCACUACCUUCCUAAUGGCCGGUUUUGUCUCCCUCUUCCGCAUACGUUCGGUAAUUAAGCAACAAGGCGGCGUGGGUGCUGGCGUUAAGGCGGACAAACUGGAAAAGCUAAUGAUACGCAUAGGCAUCUUCUCGGUGCUAUAUACCGUCCCGGCUACCAUAGUCAUUGGCUGUUAUCUUUACGAGGCGGCCUAUUUCGAGGAUUGGAUCAAAGCCUUGGCCUGUCCUUGUGCUCAAAUCAAGGGUCCCGGCAAAAAACCGUUGUAUUCAGUUUUAAUGUUAAAAUACUUUAUGGCUUUGGCGGUGGGCAUAACAUCCGGCGUAUGGAUAUGGUCGGGUAAAACUUUAGAAAGUUGGCGCCGCUUUUGGCGACGUCUCUUUGGCCAGCCCGAUCGUACCGGGGCCAAUCAGGCGCUCAUCAAACAAAGGCCACCCAUACCACAUCCAUAUGCCGGCUCUGGCAUGGGCAUGCCGGUAGGUUCCGCUGCCGGAUCUCUACUGGCUACCCCCUAUACCCAAGCGGGAGGAGCUUCGGUGGCUUCCACUAGCCACCACCAUUUGCAUCAUCAUGUUUUGAAACAGCCUGCUGCCAGUCAUGUAUGACAUGGAGAGUCAGGCGGAGCUUCAACGAUGGGCGGUGGUGGCGGCGGCGGCAGUACAAUUGGCGGUGGCAGUGUGCUAGGUGGUCAUGGUACUCUCAUGAGCACAGCAGGCAAUAGUACGGUUGGCGGCAGUGGUAUGCACGGUGUUGGGGCUCCUCCUGGCAGUAUAAUGCAUGGUGGCGGCGGUGGUGUUAGUGGUGGUGGCGGUAAUGGUGGCAUGAAUACUCCUGGUAAUGUUUAUGGUAAUGGAGGUGGUGGCGGUGGUGGGGGUAAUGGUGGCAAUCAAGUGGCCCCCGGUUCUAUGGUAGACUCACGCGCUGUUUCAGUAGUAGUUUCACUGCCGGGCGGGCCUGGUGCCCAGCAUCCGGGUCAGGCAUUAAGUGAUUAUGGUCCUAUAUAGUUAAUGGUACGACCUGAUACAAAUCAUUGGGUAUCCACAAGUAGUUUUAGUCAAUUGUAAAGAGUUUAUUUCCCACUUUUGCAAGGAAAUAAAGGGGGGAAUAGAGAUUAAACUAGGGUUCGUUUAAGGGUUAAAUUUUUUAUAUAUUUUAGAAGUUUUAAAAAGUUUUUAAUAGUUUUUUUCAUUUAAACUCUACUCUUAGAGUGAAAUUGAGAAAGAGAACCUUAGUGAGACCAAGAACUCUUUUACUUUUGCCUAUAAAUAUUUGAGGUAAUGACUUAUGUAAAAAAAAAAAACAAAAACAAUUUCUUGCUGUUUUCUUAACUCCUUAAAAAUUUAAAUAAAAACAAAAAAAUAACAGGAAUUUUGAAACAGCGGCCAUAUUAAAAAUCUAGUAAAGUAAUUUUUAAUUAUUAUUUUUCAUUCUUUUUCAUUUAAAUACUAUAGAAAACAAAGCUAUUUAACUAAUAAUAUAUUAAAAACAUAAAAAAAAUAUAUAUAAAAUAAAAAUCUAGUCCACAUUUUUCCAUAAUAAAAUUUAAGAAAAACUACUGAAAAGAUAUAAAGAACAUAAAACGAAAAGCACAAUAUCUAUAAUAAUUAAAAAAGAAAAAAAAGUUUAUUUAAAAUAAACUACAAAGCUAAACUACUUUUUUGUGUUAAUUUUUAUAAUAAUUUUUAAUAAUUUUCUUAAAUAGACUGACUUUAUAAAUAACAAAAUAAGAAAAUCUUACAAAAAAAAUAUAUAAACUACAAAAUGGAAACAGUGUUAAAAUAAACAUAAAACACAGAAAAUGGGAGUAAAUGUUUAAGGAACAGAAA